AUGGAUUACAGCUCGUUCAGCGGAGUCCCCCGGUUCUUGACCCGGCCUAAGGCGUUUAUGGUGUCUGUGGGGAAGGAUGCCACCUUGAGCUGCCAGAUCAUUGGAAACCCCAUCCCAGUUGUGAGCUGGGAAAAGGAUAAACUUCCAGUCCAGUCUGGAGGAAGGUUUAAAACUACGGAAGAUGGGGAUCUCUAUAGGCUAACAAUCUAUGAUCUGAGCCUGGAGGACAGUGGCCAAUACAUCUGCCGGGCCAAGAACACCAUCGGGGAAGCUUUUGCAGCUGUCAGCAUCAAAGUUGGAGAGGAGACUACAGUAACGGAGUCAGCCCCAUAUUUCAUCCAGAAACCCUCCUCCAUCAAAGUGACGUUGGGAGAAGAUGCCAUGUUCAAAUGCAAAGUCCAGGGCAGCCCUCCCCUCUCGGUGAACUGGGAGAAGGAUGGGAGACACCUGCGGAACCGGGCUGAUGCUGGACGCUUCCAGAUUGAGUCUGCCGGGGAGUCAAACGCUCUCACCAUCCAGUGUGCCCGGCUCGGGGACAGUGGCACCUACACCUGCCGGGCAGAGAACCCCAUCGGCUCUGCCAGCGCUUCGGCUGCGCUGGUGGUGGAAACGCAGGGCUCUUCCAACCCGGGCAGCAGCAGCCACUUCGAUACCAGUUGUGGCAAGACGUCAUCCUUGUUGUCUCACUUGCAAAAGAGGCGGGAGGAGAUCAGGAAGAUGGACAUCUCCCACGGCGUUUUUGAUUCAACUUUUGGGGCACUGACACGCACGUGCAGCGUGACGGAGGGGAAGCACGCCAAGCUGAGCUGCUACGUGACUGGCGAGCCCAAGCCAGAGAUCGUGUGGAAGAAGGACAACGAGGUCAUUGUGGAAGGGCGGCGGCAUGUCAUCUAUGAGGAUGAUCAGGAGAACUUUGUGCUGAAGAUCCUCUUCUGCAAGCAAGCAGACAACGGACUGUACACCUGCACAGCCUCCAACCUGGCAGGCCAGACAUACAGCUCCGUGCUUGUCACCGUCAAAGAACCUUCAAUACCCUUCAAGGAAAAACUGAAAGAUCUUGAAGUGAGGGAGAAGGAAUCUGCCACCUUCCAGUGUGAAGUGCCUGUUCCUAGUACAGAGACGGCUUGGUUCAAGGAGGAAACCAAACUCAGGCAGAGCAAGAAAUACAACAUCGAAGAAGAGGGCACUUAUCGCCGGCUCACUGUCCAGAACGUCACCACAGAUGAUGAUGCUGUCUAUAUCUGUGAGAUGAAAGAAGGCAGCAGGACCAUUGCAGAGUUGUCUGUCCAAGGGAACAUCAUUAAAAAACUUCCACGAAAGACUGCAGUCUUCAUAAACGAUACAGCCAUCUUCUGUGUGGAGCUGGACAAUGAAUGCCAGAACAUCCGAUGGCUGAAGAAUAAAGAAGAAGUGAAACCCAGUGACCGAAUCUCCAUCACAUGCUCUGGAAAGCAACAUACCAUGAUCAUCCGAGAGUGUAAGAUGGAAGAUGCUGGUGAGAUUGCCUUCCUGGCUGAUGAAAGCAGGACUUCUACCCAGUUCACUGUGACCACUCCCAAAAAACCUCCUACCCAACCCCCAACUGACCCUGUGGUGAAAAAUAAAACAGAAACCUCAGUGACGCUAGCAUGGUCCCCUCCAAAGAUGGACCGCCCCAUUCCAAUCGACGGCUACAUUUUGGAACGCAAGAAACUAACUGGCUUUACCUGGAUGAGGUGCCACGAGUCUCAUGUCCCUAUCCCAGAGUUCACGGUGAGCAACCUGUCGGAAGAGGCUGACUAUCAGUUCAGAGUGUCUGCAGUCAACGCCUAUGGACAGAGCCCCUACUUGGAGUUCCCAGGGAGCAUGCACCUUGAACCAGUUCUGGCUGUGAAAACCCCCCUGACAACCGUUGAAGCUGUACCUGGAGGGGAUGCCCUGUUUACUGUUGACCUUACGACGACAUGUUCCGGCACUUGGUACCUUAAUGGUAAAGUCUUACAGGAAAGUGAGACCUACAUCAUUAAGAGAAGCCAAACUACUCACACCCUAAUCAUAAAGAACGUCACCAAGAACGAUGAUGGAGCAGAAGUGAAAUUUGUUGCCAAUAACGUUGACACCAGCACCAAGAUGAGAGUGAAAGGUGCUGCAGCGAGAUUCACCAACAAGAGCAGAGAUAUAGAAAAGGUCUCUGCUCGGCUGCGGGAGGAAGCCAAACUUCAUGCUGAGCUUUCAGACGCGGAGGCUACUGUGAAGUGGAUGAAGGGCGGGAAAGAGCUCAAGGCCAGUGAAAAAUAUGAACAUCAAACCGUGGGGAAGAGGCACAUCCUGAAAAUUCGCAACACUGCAACGGAGGAUGCUGGAGUUUAUGAGUGCAUUUGUGAAGGGGAUAAAAUGCUCUUCCAGCUUUCAGUGAAAGCACUUGCAAACUUCAUAAACAAAGAGAAAACUGGAGGAGUUAUCGAGGCCAUCACUGGAAAACAGGCUGAAUUUGUUUCUGAGACCUCUGAGGCCAACAUCAUGGUUAAGUGGUACAAAGAUGGCAAAGAAAUCACAGCCAGCAAGAAAUUCACCAUGGAAGAUAAAGGAAAACUGCAUAAGCUUGUGGCUUCAGCUGUGACGAAAGAAGAUGAAGGAACAUACACAUGCAAAAUUGGAGAUGACACUCUUAUUUUUGAUUUAAAAGUCUCAGAGGCGGAAGACAUGUUUAUAAACAAGGACAAGGUCCAGAAAGAGGUAAAAGCUGCACUAUCGGAAAAUGCCACACUGAGCUGCGAGGUGGCCCAGGAGAAGACCAAUGUGAAAUGGUACAAGGAGGGGAAACUGAUCACCUCAAGCAAGAAGUUCAAGGUGGAGUCGGAGGGCAAAUCGCGUCGCCUGGUGGUGGGUCAGGUGGAGAAGAAAGAUGCUGGGGAGUACACCUGUGAGGCUGGUGGCCAGAAACUGACCUUCAAGAUUAUUGUCACAGAGCCAGAAGAUGCUUUUAUCAACAAAGAGAAGGUGCAGAAAGAGGUAAAAGCUGCACUAACAGAAAAUGCCACACUGAGCUGUGAGGUGUCCCAGGAGAAGACCGAUGUGAAAUGGUACAAGGAGGGGAAACUGAUCACCUCGAGCAAGAAGUUCAAGGUGGAGUCGGAGGGCAAAUCGCGUCGCCUGGUGGUGAGUCAGGUGGAGAAGAAAGAUGCUGGGGAGUACACCUGUGAGGCUGGUGGCCAGAAACUGACCUUCAAGAUUGAUGUCACAGAGCCAGAAGUUGUGUUUAUAAACAAGGACAAGGUCCAGAAGGAGGUGAAAGCUGCACUAACAGAAAAUGCCAUGCUGAGCUGCGAGGUGGCCCAGGAGAAGACCGAUGUGAAAUGGUACAAGGAGGGCAAACUGAUCACCUCGAGCAAGAAGUUUAAGGUGGAGUCAGAGGGCAAAUCGCGUCGCCUGGUGGUGGGUCAGGUGGAGAAGAAAGAUGCUGGGGAGUACACCUGUGAGGCUGGUGGCCAGAAACUGACCUUCAAGGUUGUCGUCACAGUUUCAGAGCCAGAAGUUGUGUUUACAAACAAGGACAAGGUCCAGAAAGAGGUAAAAGCUGCACUAUCAGAAAACGCCACGCUGAGCUGCGAGGUGGCCCAGGAGAAGACCGAUGUGAAAUGGUACAAGGAGGGCAAACUGAUCACCUCAAGCAAGAAGUUCAAGGUGGAGUCGGAGGGCAAAUCGCGUCGCCUGGUGGUGGGUCAGGUGGAGAAGAAAGAUGCUGGGGAGUACACCUGUGAGGCUGGUGGCCAGAAACUGACCUUCAAGAUUAUUGUCACAGAAGCAGAAGAUGCAUUUAUCAACAAGGACAAGGUCCAAAAAGAAGUGAAAGCUGCACUAACAGAAAAUGCCAUGCUGAGAUGUGAGGUGGCCCAGGAGAAGACCGAUGUGAAAUGGUACAAGGAGGGCAAACUGAUCACCUCAAGCAAGAAGUUCAAGGUGGAGUCGGAGGGCAAAUCACGUCGCCUGGUGGUGGGUCAGGUGGAGAAGAAAGAUGCUGGGGAGUACACCUGCGAGGCUGCUGGCCAGAAACUGACCUUCAAGAUUGUCAUCACAGAUGAUGUGUUUGAACACAAAGACAAAGUGCAAAAGGAGGUGAAGGCAGCACUGAAGGAGAAUGCGAUGCUGAGCUGCGAGGUGGCCCAGGAGAAGACCGAUGUGAAAUGGUACAAGGAGGGCAAACUGAUCACCUCAAGCAAGAAGUUCAAGGUGGAGUCGGAGGGCAAAUCGCGUCGCCUGGUGGUGGGUCAGGUGGAGAAGAAAGAUGCUGGGGAGUACACCUGCGAGGCUGCUGGCCAGAAACUGACCUUCAAGAUUGACGUCAUGGAGCCAGAAGAUGCUUUUAUCAACAAAGAGAAGGUGCAGAAAGAGGUAAAAGCUGCACUAACAGAAAAUGCCACACUGAGCUGUGAGGUGUCCCAGGAGAAGACCGAUGUGAAAUGGUACAAGGAGGGGAAACUGAUCACCUCGAGCAAGAAGUUCAAGGUGGAGUCGGAGGGCAAAUCGCGUCGCCUGGUGGUGAGUCAGGUGGAGAAGAAAGAUGCUGGGGAGUACACCUGUGAGGCUGGUGGCCAGAAACUGACCUUCAAGAUUGAUGUCACAGAGCCAGAAGUUGUGUUUACAAACAAGGACAAAAUCCAGAAGGAGGUAAAAGCUGUACUGUCAGAAAAUGCGAUGCUGAGCUGCGAAGUGGCCCAGGAGAAGACCGAUGUGAAAUGGUACAAGGAGGGCAAACUGAUCACCUCGAGCAAGAAGUUCAAGGUGGAGUCGGAGGGCAAAUCGCGUCGCCUGGUGGUGGGUCAGGUGGAGAAGAAAGAUGCUGGGGAGUACACCUGUGAGGCUGCUGGCCAGAAACUGACCUUCAAGAUUAUUGUCACAGAGCCCGAAGUUGUGUUUACAAACAAGGACAAGGUCCAGAAGGAGGUGAGAGCUGCACUAACAGAAAAUGCCACGCUGAGCUGCGAGGUGGCCCAGGAGAAGACCGAUGUGAAAUGGUACAAGGAGGGCAAACUGAUCACCUCAAGCAAGAAGUUCAAGGUGGAGUCGGAGGGCAAAUCGCGUCGCCUGGUGGUGGGUCAGGUGGAGAAGAAAGAUGCUGGGGAGUACACCUGCGAGGCUGGUGGCCAGAAACUGACCUUCAAGGUUGACAUCACAGAGCCGAAACCUGCAUUUAUAAACCAGGAAAAGGUCCAGAAGGAGGUGAAGGCUGCCCUCACAGAAAGUGCCACUCUCAGCUGUGAGGUAGCACAGGAUGCAACCGAAGUGAAAUGGUACAAGGAUGGAAAACUGCUCAUUUCCUCUAGAAAAUUCAAACUAGAAAUUGCAGGAAAAACCCGGCGCCUAGUUAUAGAGCAGCUGGAGAAGAAAGAUGCUGGAGAAUACAUCUGUGAGGCUGCAGGCCAGAAGCUGACCUUCAAAUUAGAACCAACUGAACCAGAGGCUAAAUUUGAAAAGAAAAUUGUCCAGAAAGAGCCUCUCAUUGUUCAAGAACAUGAAAGCAUCACACUGACUACUUCAGUAACGCCUGAAACUGCUGCAGUAAAGUGGUUCAAGGAUGGAACAGAAAUCAAGGCGAGCAAGAAAUAUGAAAUCAAGAGUGAGGGGGCAUCCAGGACCCUGACGGUGAACCUGGCUGAGAGCACAGACACAGCUGUGUACAUUUGCCAGACAAAGAAUGACAAGCAGGAAUUCAAAGUACAGGUGAAAGAAAUCUCAGUGAAGUUUGCCAAAAAACUUGAAGCUGUUAAUGCUGAGAUUGGAGGCAGUGUCUCUUUGACCUGUGACGUGAGCCACGCCAGAGGGAAAGUGGUGUGGCGCAGGAAUGGAGUUCAGAUCAAGCCCAGCAAGCGUUUCCAGAUUCAUGAGGAGGGGGUCAAGCGAACGCUGACAAUAUCAGGGAUCCGGGCUGAGGAUGAAGGAGAAUACUCCUGCGAGUCCAGAGAUGACAAGAGCAGCAUUACCAUCACCCCCAAAGCUCCCAGAGUGGUGAAAUUCGUUACGAGUCUCAACAACGUGGUCUCUGAGGAAGGAAAAGAGGCUGUGUUCAAGUGCACCGUCUCUCCCAGUGAUGCCGUGGUCACUUGGCUCAGGAAUGGUAUCAAGAUUGAAGCCAGCAAGAAGUAUGUGAUCUCGCAGAAGGACACCAACCACAGCCUCACCAUCACUGAUCUGACACUGGAAGAUGCAGCUGAAAUCACUGCCAAUGCUGAGGGUGUAGAGAGCACAGUCAAUCUCAGAGUCCGAGAGGCCUCAAUUUCAUUCAAGAAGAAACUGGAGCCCAGAACAGUUGAAGAGAGGGACACAGUGACCUUGGAGGUAGAGCUGACCAAGCCUGCACAGGUGAAGUGGAUGAGGAACAGCAUCAUAUUGAAGCCCAGUGAAAAAAUUGAGAUCAAAGCUGAAGGAACGAAGCAUACCUUGGUGGUUAAGGACAUCUCCUUUGCAGACAGGGGCUUCUACUGCUGUGAGAGUCCUGAUGACAAGACCCAAGCCAAGAUCAAUGUGGAAAUGAGGCAGAUCAAGCUGGUGAAAGGUCUUCAGCCCCUCGAGGUCUCUGAGAAACGGACUGUCACCUUCGAGGUGGAGGUGUCACAUGAGGACGUGGAAGGGGUCUGGCAGAAGGACGGCGUUCGGCUGAAGCCUUCACCGAAUAUCAAUAUUGGUGUCCUGGGAAAGAAACAUUCACUGACGCUUUCCUCAGUGACUCUUGAAGAUGCAGGACUCAUCUCCUUCAAAGCAGAUGGCAUUCAUUCAUCUGGGAGGCUCACUGUGACAGAACUGCCUGUGAGAAUCAGCAAACCUUUGGCAGACGUCAGCGUAACUCAGAAGGACAAGGUCACAUUUGAGUGUGAGCUGUCCAGGCCCAACGUGGAUGUGAAGUGGUUCAAGGAUGGGAAGGAGCUCCAGCAAAGCAAAAAAGUGGGGAUGAUUUCCCAGGGAAAUAAGAGAAGCCUCAUUAUUCACAAGUGUGAAUAUGAAGAUCAGGGGACCUACACGUGUGAAGCAGCUGAAGACAAGACAUCAGCUACCCUAAAGGUUCAAGGAAGGACCUAUUCGCUGACUUACAUGCGCGUCCAAGUUGAAGAUGCAGCAGAGAUCAAAUUUGUAGCAGAAAAGGCAGAAUCUCGUGCCCAGCUUACUGUAAAAGAGCUACCUGUAAAAAUUGUGAAGCCUUUGAGAGACAAGAUUGCUCUUGAAAAACAUCGGGGAUUCCUGGAGUGCCAGGUGUCUCGUGCCAGUGCCAAAGUUAGGUGGUACAAAAAGGACGUUGAAAUUCACCCUAGUGACAAAUAUGAAAUUGUGAGUGAUGGUGUCUAUCGGAAGCUUGUUAUCAAUGAUGCAGAUUAUGAAGAUGAGGACACGUACACUUGUGAUGCCUUUGAUGACAAAAGCAGUGCUAAUUUCUUUGUUGAAGAGCAAUCUAUUAAUAUAGUAAAAGAGUUGUGUGAUGAGGACGUGACUGAGCCUGAAGAAGCCAAGUUUGAAUGUGAGAUAUCCAUUGCAUCUGUGAAACCCCCCAAAUGGUCCCUACGCGGAGAACUCUUACAGGCUGGCAGAAACAUUAUCAUGCAGCAAGAAGGCACCAUCCACCGGCUGACAAUACUGAAAACCAGUGCUGAUAUGACAGGCACCAUUCAGUUCUCCAUUGGCAAAUCAAAAUCCACAGCAAACCUGCUCGUCAGAGAUUACCACAUACAGAUCACCAGGAAGAUGGAAGACAAGACAGCUCUGGAGCGCCAUUCUGUCAUCCUGUCCUGUGACUUCAGGCCUUCUCCGAAGGUGGUGAAGUGGUUCAAGGAUCACACACCCAUUGAGCCCUCCGAGAAGUACAAAAUCAAGCGGGAGCAGCAUGCAGCAGAACUCAAGAUUUUGAAGGUGAAGCCCGAAGAUGCUGGCGUGUACAAGUGCAGGGCAGGAAACGCGGAGACCCAAGCCACACUGACUGUUGAAGCUCGCAAUGUAGAAGUACUCAAACACCUGCAGGAUGUGGAAAUUGAAGAAGAGAGUUCCGCUGUCUUCUCCUGCGAGCUGUCCUAUGACGACGAGGAUGUGGAAUGGUUCCUCAACGGCACCCUCCUUUACACCAACAAUUUCAAUGACAUCAGGAACGUUGGCAAUUGCUACACGCUGACAAUGAAGCAUGUCAAGCCUGAAGACGCUGGCACAGUGACAAUGAAGUCAGACAAGGUGUCAGAGAGCGUGCGUCUGAAGGUGAUAGAGAAACCUGCUGUCUUCAUGAAGUCCUUGGACGAUGUUUUUGGUGAGGAGCGAGGCGUGAUUAAACUGGAAUGUGAAGUCUCCAAAGAGAAGGUCAAACCUGUUUGGAAAAAGGACGGUGUGAAGCUCACUUCUGGUAACAAGUAUGAGCAGAUACAGUCUGGGAAGACCUUGUGCCUCCUUAUCCAUGACCUUGAAAAGACAGAUGCAGGUUUAUACACCUGUGAUAUCGGCACUGAUGUUGCCAAGUCAAAGGUCAGCGUUCAGGAACUGAACAUUGGUAUCACCAAAAGGCUGAAGAAUACUGAAAUCCAGGAGGGAGAAGACUGCACUUUUGAGUGUAUUUUGUCCCAUGAAAGCAUUGGUGGCUUCAAUUGGAUGCUGAACGGGAGCAAAGUGGAAAGUGGUGGGCGAUUUAGAGCCUCUAACAUGGGUCGGAAAUAUAUGCUCUGUAUCAAAAGCGUGAUUCCUGAUGAUGCUGGGGAAGUAAUUUUCACUGCCCGUGGUCUAACCUCCAAGGCUUCUCUGGUUGUGAAAGAAAAACCUACUGAGGUUACAAAACAGCUGGAGGAUAAAACGUCAGCAGCAGGGCAGGACAUCAGCCUGAGCUGUGAAUUGUCGAAACCUGAUGUGAGCAUCAGGUGGUACAAGGAUGGCAAAGCAAUCCGAAAAAGCCAGAAGUAUGACUUGCACCAAGAAGGAACACGAGCCAUUCUGAUCAUCCAUGACUCCACGGUCAAGGACAGUGGGGAGUACACCUGCGAGACAGAGGUGUCUCAAACGAAAGCCAGGAUCACUGUGCAAGAAAAACCUAAUUAUUUUGUGAAGGAACUUUCAGAUCUGAAAGCCGAUGAAAGUGGAACUGUGGUUUUUACGUGCCAGAGUGAGAAAGCUGCAUCGUCUGUGGUCUGGAGGAAAGGCAUAGCUGAACUCAGGGCUAGCAAGAAAUACGAGAUCACACAGAAAGGACAAGUCCUCAAGCUCACCAUAAAUAACUUGGAGAAAAUUGACAGUGACACUUACACCUGCGACAUUGGUGAUGCUCAGUCCAGAGCCAAGCUAGUCGUACAAGGCCAGAAAGUGCUAAUAACAGAAGACCUGGAAGAUGUCACUGUGUUAGAAGGAGAAUCUGCCAAGUUCAAGUGCAGAAUCUCUCCUGUAGACUAUAGCAAAGUGCAGUGGUUUUUGGAUAAAACCCCACUCCAUACCAAUGAACUUAAUGAGAUCCAGUCUCAGCCUGGUGGAUAUCACUUGCUAACAUUGAAAAAACUCUCACUGAAGGACUCGGGGCUCAUUACAUUUGAAGCUGGUGAUAAGAAAACCUCUGCCAGUCUGGUUGUUAAAGAGAAGCCCUGCAUCUUCACAAAGGAGCUGGUUGAUACUGAAGUCACUGAGGGAGAGGAUGUGAUCCUUCACUGUGAAACCUCCAAAUCAGACAGCCCUGUGAAGUGGUGCAAAGACGGGAAGAGCCUUAGGAAUUCUUCCAAGUAUAACAUCAUCCGGUCGGGAUUUGAAGCCAAGCUUGUCAUUCACAGGGCAGAAGAAACAGACAGUGGCAGAUAUGAGUGUGAGGCUGGAGCAGCUAAAAGUAGUGCGGUUAUUACUAUCAAGGCUGUGCCUGUCCUUUUUAAACAAGCCCUGGAGAACAUGGAAAUGGAAGAGGGGAAAUCUGUCUCUUUGCGUUGUGAACUCACGAAAGCUGAUGCCACUGUGGUGUGGAAGAAGGGAGAAGCCACGCUCCAGGCAAGUGCCAAAUAUGAAAUGAAGCAGAAGGGGACAGUGGCAGAGCUGGUGAUUCAUAAUGCAGAGCCCGAAGAUGCAGGAAGAUACACCUGUGACACUGGAGACCAGCAGACCACAGCCCAAGUCAAAAUCCAUGCCGUCUCUGCGCUCUUCAAAGAAGAGCUGAAGAGCGUGGAAGCUGUGGAAGGUGGGACGGCCACCCUGCGAUGCCAGCUGAGCAAAGAGGCCUCCGUGGAGUGGAGGAAGGGCCACGCUCUCCUCCGGCCGAGUAACAAGUACAGGAUGAGGCAGGAGGGCGUGGUGGCUGAGCUGCUGAUCCAAGAUCUGGACCCAAAGGAUGCUGGAGACUAUACAUGUGUGGUGGGGAACAAAAAAACCACAGCAGGCUUAUCAGUGAAUGCCCUGCCCAUCCGUUUCAAAAAAGAACUGAAGAAUGAGGAAGCCACCGAGAGCGGGACGGCCACGCUGCAGUGCGAGCUGAGCCGGGCGGUGGGCUCGGUCGAGUGGAGGAAGGACGGGAAGGUGUUGAUGUCAAACGGCAAAUACAAAAUGAGACAGGAAGGGCGUUUUGUUGAGCUGGUAAUCCAAGACCUGGACUUGACGGAUGCUGGGAACUAUACCUGUGUGUGUGGAGACCAGAAGACAACAGCUGCUUUGAGAGUGAAUGCCUUACCUGUCCUCUUCCAAGAAGAAAUGUCGAACAAGGAAGCUACAGAGGGGGAGGCAGUCACUUUGCACUGUAAACUGAGCAAAUCAGCCCAGGUUGAGUGGAGAAAAGGGAAUAAGGUCCUCAAGCCGAGUGAAAAAUACAAAAUAGCGCAGGAAGGCCCCUUUGCGGAGCUGAUGAUCCGGGAUUUGGAUUUGGCAGACGCUGGUGAUUACAGCUGUGUGUGUGGAGAUCAACAGACUACAGCUGCUUUGACAGUAAAUGUCCUGCCUACUCUUUUCACCAAAGAACUGACAGAUGAAGAAGCCACGGAAGGCAAAACUGUCUCUCUGCACUGUGAGCUGAACAAGGCUGCUGCUAACGUGGAGUGGAAGAAGGGCUUGAAGACCCUCAAAUCAAGUGACAAGUAUAAAAUGAAACGUGAAGGUGUUGUCGCUGAGCUUAUAAUCCAAAAUCUAGACACGACCGAUGCUGGAAAUUAUUCCUCUUUGCCUGCAUUUUUCAAAGAAGGACUGAAGAACAGAGAAGCCACGGAUGGUGCAACAGCCACUCUGCGCUGUGAGCUGAGCAAGGUCGGUGUCCCGGUGGAGUGGAAAAAAGGGGACAAGACACUCAAGCCAAGUGAUAAGUAUAGGAUGAGACAAGAAGAUACCACUGCAGAGCUGUUGAUCCGAGAUCUGGAGGUAGAAGAUACAGGAGAAUAUACCUGUGUGUGCGGAGAUCAGAAGACCUCGGCUGUCUUGACAGUCCAUGCCUUGCCUGCACACUUCAAGAAAGAGAUGAAGAAUGAAGCAGCCACAGAAGGUGGAACAGCCACGCUGCAAUGUGAGCUAUCUAGGGCUGCCUCUGUGGAGUGGAAAAAGAAACACAAAGUGCUCAAAUCAAGUGAAAAAUAUACUAUGAGACAGGAAGGUACUACAGCACAACUGCUGAUCCAUGCUUUGGAAGUCAAGGAUGCCGGGGAGUACACCUGUGUAUGUGGAGAAGUGAAGACUACUGCAGCACUGACAGUGCAUGCCCUUCCUGCUCUCUUCAAAGAAGAGUUAAGAAAUGAGGAAGCCAUGGAGGGUGAAGUAGUCACUCUACGCUGUGAGCUGACCAAGACCGCUUCAGUGGAGUGGAAAAAAGGACACACAGUACUCAAACCUAGUGAGAAAUACAAAAUGAAGCAGAAGGAUGUCACUGCAGAACUGGUGAUCCAUAAUCUAAAUGAAAGUGAUGCUGGUGAUUAUACCUGCGUGUGUGGGGAUAAGCAGUCCACAGCUUCCUUAGCAGUACACGCGCUACCUGCACGCAUCAAGGACAGCCUGAAGGAUGAGGAGGUAACAGAAGGUCAAGCAGCCACUCUGCGCUGCGAGCUGACCAAAGUUGCUCAAGUAGAGUGGAGAAAGGGAAGCAGUGUGCUCAAACUCAGCGACAAAUACAAAAUGAGACAGGAGGGCACGGUCAUGAAGCUGCUUAUCCAUGACGUAGAGUUGAAAGAUGCUGGACAAUACACAUGUGUGUGUGGAGAACAUAAGACAACAGCUGCCUUGAUAGUGCAUGCCCUGCCUGUGCUUUUCAAAGAAGAACUGAAGGACCUGCAAGCCAUGGAAAGCCAAACAGCCACUCUGCGCUGUGAGCUGACCAAGGCUGCAGCUGUGUCGUGGAAGAAAGGAAAUAAAAUACUCAGGGCAAGUGAGAAAUACAUCAUGCGGCAGGAUAAUGCUCUUGCUGAGCUGGAAAUUUGUGAUCUAGAGCUGCAGGAUGCGGGAGAUUACACCUGUGUGUGUCGAGACCAACACACCACCGCUUCUCUGAUAGUGAAUGCCCUGCCGGUGGUUUUCAAGGAAGAACUGAAGAAUGAAGAAGUCCUAGAAGGAGCAUCAGUCUCUCUGCAUUGUAAAUUAACCAAAGCAGCUCCAGUGCAAUGGAAAAUAGGGUCCAAAGUGCUCAAAGCAAGUGACAAAUAUCAGAUGAGACAGCCUGGCACCACUGCAGAGCUGGUCAUUUGUGACCUAGAAGUAAAAGAUGCUGGAGAUUACACCUGUGUGUGUGGUGACCAGAAGACAACAGCAACCUUAACAGUCCAUGCUCUGCCACCGCUCUUUAAGGAAGGGCUAAAGAACAAGGAAGCAGAAGAAGGUGGAGAAGUCACCCUGCACUGUGAGCUCACCAAGGCUGCUCCAGUGGAGUGGCAGAAGGACCACAGGAUGCUCAAAGCAAGUGAGAAAUACAAAAUGAGGCAGGAAGGGACCAAGGCAGAGCUGGUGAUUCGUGAAAUAGCUGAGGCGGAUGCAGGAGACUACACCUGUGUGUGUGGAGAGCACCAGACUACAGCUGUCGUAACAGUAAAGGCUAUGCCUCCAUUUUUCCAAGAAGAAAUGACCAGUAAGGAAGCGGUAGAAGGUGGAACGGUCACUUUGCACUGCGAGCUCAGCAAGGCAUCUGCCCAUGUUCAGUGGAAGAAGGGCCAUCACGUCCUCACCCCAGGCAACAAGCACAGCAUGAGACAGGAAGGCUGUGUUGUGGAGCUGGUAGUUCACGAUUUAGACUUGAAUGACACUGGAGAUUAUACCUGUGUUUGUGGAGACAAGACCACCACAGCUGCCUUAACAGUGCAUGCACUGCCUCCAAAAUUCAAAAAAGACCUGAAGGACUUAGAAGCUGCAGAAAGUGGGACAGCCACUCUGCACUGUGAGCUGACUAAACCUGCUGCGGUGGAGUGGAAGAGAGGGCAGGAGGUGCUCAAAGCAAGCAGCAAAUAUAAAAUGAGUCAAGAUGGUGCUGUCGCAAAGCUGAUUAUCCAUGAGCUGGAUGUGGAGGACACUGGAGAUUACAGCUGUGUGUGUGGAGAUCAGCAGACAACUGCCACUUUGACAGUCAAUGCCCUACCAGCACUUUUUAAACAAGAGCUUCAGAAUUCCGAGGCAGAAGAAGGAGGUACAGCAACACUGAGGUGUGAGCUUACCAAGCCCAAAGCUACAGUAGAGUGGAGGAAAGGAGAUACUACUCUCUACCCUGGUUUGAAAUAUGAGAUGAAACAGCAGGGCUCCACUGCUGAAUUGGUCAUUUGUGACUUAGAACUGGAUGAUUCAGGAAAGUACACCUGCGACUCUGGACAUCAGCAGACAACGGCUGUGGUAACUGUACAUGCACUUCCUGUCACAUUUAAGCAACCUCUACAAAAUAAGGAAUCAGAGGAAGGAAGUACAGCUAAACUCUGCUGUGAGCUGUCAAAACCCAACGCUGCAGUGGAGUGGAGGAAAGGAGGAGUGGGGCUGCAGCCCAGCCAGAAGCAUGAAAUGAGGCAGAGGGAAUGCCGGGUAGAGCUCUUAAUACAUAAUCUCAAAUUAGAAGAUACAGGAGAAUACAGCUGUGAUACUGGGGAUCAGGAAACCAAGGCAUAUUUGCAUGUUAAAGCUCUGCCAGUUCUUUUCAAAAAGGAGCUCAAGGACAAGGAGGCUGAAGAAGGAGCUGCAGUGAAAUUCCAGUGUGAGCUGACAAAGGAUGAUGCAACGGUGGAGUGGAGGAAAGGCACCAUGGAGCUUUUCCCGUGCGCCAAAUAUGAAAUUAAAUUAAGUGGUCGCACAGCUGAACUUGUGAUUCAUGAUGUAGAACCAGAAGAUGCCUCUGAUUACACAUGUGAUACAGGAGACCAGCAGAGCACAGCAGUCCUCAGAGUGAAUGCCAUCAAGCCCCGGCUGAAGCAGCAGCUGAAGAAUGAAGAAGUAGAAGUGGGAGGAACGGCCAGGCUGCGCUGUGAGAUUUCCAUUAGCAAAGCAGAAGUGGAGUGGAGGAAAGAUGGAGUCGUCCUUCACUCGAGCUCCAAGUAUGAAAUGUGGCAGGACGGCACCCUCCGUGAGCUGCGUGUUCAUCGCUUGGAACCUAGCGAUGCUGGAGAGUAUUCCUGCAAGGCUGGAGAUGAGACAACCUCUGCAAGACUGACAGUGAAAGAGCCUGACGUGACCAUUGUGAGUGGCCUAAAGGACACGGUGGUGUUUGAAGGGGAUGAUGUCAAGUUUCAGUGCAAGGUUUCUCAUGAAAAUGCAAGGGAUGUUGAAUGGAAGCUACAGGAUGUAGCUCUGCAAAAUAAUGAAAUGAAUGAGAUCUCAGUGGAAAAGGGAAAGAUUCACACCCUGACAUUAAGGAAGGUGACUGAGCAGGACAUUGGCACCAUCACUUUCCGAGUGGGACCCCACACAUCGACAGCAGAGCUCACAGUAAAAGAACCAGCAGCCACCAUAGUGGAGACGCUGAAGGAUGUCACAUCGUAUGAAGGAGAAGACGCAGUGUUUGAAUGCAGGCUGUCCCGGGAAACAACUCAGGAUGCCCAGUGGUUCCUGGGGGAUGUUCCCUUGCAAUCCAAUGAAAUGAAUGAGAUCGGAGUCCAAGGGACGCGUCACACACUGAUCCUGAGGAAGGUGACACUAGAAGACUGUGGGCCCAUCAGUUUCAAAGUGGGGCAGCAUACCUCAGCAGCACAGCUAACGGUCCAAGCCAAGAACAGUAUUGUCCAGGGCUUGGAGAAUGUGGAAGCCGUGGAAGGAGGGGAAGCCCUGUUUGAAUGCUAUCUUUCCAAGCCCGAGUGCUACAAUUACAACUGGCUGAUUGAUGAUGAACCUGCCAAAACUACAGAAAACACGGAGAUGGUUUACUUUGAAAACGGGCGCAGGCAUCUUUUGCUGCUGAAGAACCUCACUCUGCGGGACAGCUGCAGGGUGACCUUCAUGUGCAGUGACGCGGUGAGCUCCGCCUUCCUGACAGUGAAAGGAUGGCGCCUACAGAUCUUGGAGCCUCUCACAGACGUGGAAGUCUCUUCAGGGGAGAAAGCUACAUUUAGCUGCGUUCUAAGUGAAGCUGUGCCAACUAAUGAAGUUGCCUGGUAUAGUAAUGAUGUAGAGAUCCAGUCGGAUGAGGACUGGGAGGUACAAGCAGAUGGAAACAAAUACAAACUUAUUCUGAAAAAAGCCCAACCACAUCAUUCUGGAGAGGUGACCUUUGCUUCCAGGGAAGCAAUUGCAUCAGCCAAGUUAUCUGUGAUAGCCCACCCUGAUCCACCUGAAGAACCAGAAGUCUUAAGUAAGAACAGUCACUCUGUAACUCUGUCUUGGUACAAGCCACUGAGCGACGGCGGUUCUGACAUCCUAGGCUAUAACGUGGAGAGAAAAAUCCCCGGUAUUGGCUGGCAGUCAUGCAGCAAGGGCAUUGUUCAAAACACGGAGUUUAUGGUGGAUGAUCUCACCCCAGGUGAACCCUACAGAUUCCGUGUCUCGGCAAUAAACAAAGUUGGGGCCAGCGAGCCGGUGCACUUCCCUCAGAUGGUGCAGCUAGAACCUCCAGUGACAGUCACCCAUCCUUUGGUGGGAGGAUCAGUCUCAGAAGGCGAGGUGGCUCGCUUGGAGUGCAAAUUAUCGAGUGAAACUGAGAAGAGAGUGACAUGGUUCAAAGGAAAAGAAAAAAUACAAGCUGGAGGGAGAUACGAGAUUCUUUCUGAUGGAAAAAAGCAGAUACUCAUUAUUCAUGGAUUUAAACCUGAAGAUCAGGACACAUAUACCUGCAUGGUUUCUCCAGAAGUCAAAUCUGUUGCCAGCUUGUGUCUUGAAGUUCCCACAGUGACAAUGUUAAAAGAGAUCGCCGGGGAAGCACCCCCUGCAAGCCAACCAGAAGAGCUGGUGGAUGGCCACAUCCAGCCCAGUUUGCCCCCUGAGGCAGCUCAGGAGGGAGACCUUCACCUCCUCUGGGAAGCCCUGGCUAAGAAACGCCGGAUGAGCCGGGAACCCACAUUAGAUUCCAUCAGCGAGGUGCCUGAAGAGGAUGAGAAGCUUCAGAAGUCAAGGAAGGAGGAAGCGGAGAUGUCUCACUAUUACUCAGAGGAGUACUCCACAUGUGAUGAGCUGGCUAGGACAGGAGAAGCCGAUUUCUCUUUCACAAGCUCAGAUGAUGAGUCUAGAGCUGGGACUCCUUCACUGGUGAGCUACCUCAAGAAAGCUGGGAAGUCAAGUGUCAGUGUUACUAGCAAGGUUCAGUCCAUCUCCAUAGGAAAAUUACGGAAAGAGGGGGAGAAAUCUAGUGUGGAGACUGUUGUGGCUGCCCCAGCUGCUAAGACAGCUGAACCAGAUUUACCAGAUUUAGAUGAUCCUUCCAUGAACAAGGCUGCUGUGAAGAUCCAGGCUGCUUUCAAAGGCUACAAAGUCAGGAAAGAGAUCAAGCAACAAGAGUGCCCAGUGUUUACUGAGACCUUCAAAGAUUUCUCUGGUGAGCCUGGAAGCACUCUCCACCUUGAGUGCGUGGCCCACAGCAAAACUGACAUGAAAGUCCGUUGGCUGAAAGAUGGGGAAGAGCUUUCAGAUGGUCGCUACUAUCACAUAGACAAUUACAGUGAUGGGACCUGCUCUUUGAUUAUCACUGGCCUGGAUAAGAAAGAUGCAGGUAAAUACACCUGUGAGGCUUCCAAUAAAUUUGGCAAGGUUUCACACAGUGCUAAGGUGGUUAAACAAAGCACUGACAGUGAGACAGAGAGCUCGUCUGGCAGUGAGCUGGAUGAUGCUUUCCGUAAAGCAGGAAGGAGACUUCAUAGACUCUUCAGGGCCAAGAUCUCAACAGAGAUAUCUGAUGUCGAGGAAGAGCUCUUUGUCAGUGCGGACGAAGGGGACAUAGAGGUGGUUGACCACCAGACGUAUCGUGAGGAUGAUCAGUACAUCUACAUCAAGUUUGAAAUCUUGUCUGAGGCAAAAACUGCUGCCGCUCGAUUCAGAGAGAUGUUUGGUGCUCUGGGAAUUCCCGUGGAGAUUGACAUUUUGGAACAAGGCCCUAAAAAAAUUGAAUUGCGUAUUGGGAAAGCCACACCACCCACCCAUGGGAAGUUUGCACCACCAAUAGCGAGACCUCCACCCCCUUUGCUGACUUCUGAUACAGCUCCCAUGUUCAUGACUGAGCUCCAAAACCAAGAGGUACAGGAUGGAUAUCCAGUCAGCUUUGACUGCAUUGUUGUUGGCAAACCACUCCCCAUGGUUCGCUGGUUCAAGGAUGGCAAAGCCAUUGAAGAAAAUGAUCAUUACAUGAUCAAUGAGGACCAGGAAGGGUGCCACCAGCUGAUCAUCACAGCUGUGGUCCCCACUGACAUGGGUGUUUAUCGUUGCCUCGCUGAAAACAACAUGGGAGUUGCUUCAACCAAGGCUGAGCUUCGAGUAGACUUGACCAGCACUGACUAUGAGACAGCAGCAGAUGCAACAGAGACAUCUUCUUACUACAGUGCCAAAGAAUAUAUUUCAAGCCGAGAACAGGAGGAAUCUACCACUGAGGAGGAGCAGUUGCCCCAGAUCUUUGAUGAGCUUCAUGACAUUCAUGUGGCACCUGGAGCAUCACUGGCUAAAUUUCACCUGAAGGUGAAAGCAUACCCCCAGCCUCGUCUCUACUGGUUCAAAAACGGACAGCCAUUAAAGGCCUCGGACCGCAUCCUGAAGACUGAUAAGCAGGAAUUCCACUCACUGGAAAUUCGCGACGUCACAAAGGCAGAUGCUGGCCAGUACUCAAUAUUUGUCAUCAACUCUGCUGGUUCUGCAUUUUCGUCAGCCAGGCUGGUAGUCAAAGAUCCUGAUGAGAAAGAAGAGCCAUCAGAAACAGAUUCCCAUGAGCAGCUGACACCACCAAGGUUCUUAGAAAGAUUUACUAAUAAAAAGGUGAAAAAAGGUGCAAGCAUCACAUUGUCUGUAAAAGUGGAAGGACAUCCACCGCCAGCUAUCACCUGGCUGAAAGAAGAGUCUCGGGAAGGCAUCCUGUGGAUCAAACCAGACACUCCUGGCUAUAAACUUGCCAGUUCAAACAUGCAUCACAGCCUAAUCCUGUUGGAUGUCAAGAAGAAGUAUAGUGGAGCUUAUACAUGCAUUGCUACCAACAAGGCUGGCCAGUCUGUCUGCACUGCCACCCUGGAAGUUGCAGAUGUGAAAGAGGCUGAAGUUCUGACCCAGGAGCGCGUGAUGGUGUCAGAAGCCAUCAUGACCACACUGGGAGAUAUUCAUCCUUCUGAAGCAAGAGAAGGAGACCUUGAAGCUGGUAGAGAAGGUGUACCCAAAAGCCCUAUUUCACUAGCUGAUGUUGGCUCAGAAGAGUUCUUCCAGAAACUCACCUCGCGUAUCUCAGAAAUGGUAUCCGCAAAAAUAAGUCAGGCUACACUUCGAGUGCCAGGCGCAGAAAGUGAUGAUGAAUCAAAAACUCCCUCUGCAUCUCCUCGCCAUGGACGAUCCCGACCUUCAUCCAUUGCUCAGGAGUCCUCCUCUGAAUCUGAAGAUGGGGAUUCAAGAGGAGAGAUCUUUGACGUCUACAUGGUCACAGCUGACUACGUGCCCGCUGCACCUGACAGGGAGACCAUCACUUUGAAGGAAGGCCAAUACGUGGAAGUCCUUGAUUCAGCUCAUCCUCUGAAAUGGCUGGUCAGGACUAAACCAACAAAAUCUAGCCCCUCUCGACAGGGCUGGGUAUCUCCAGCUUAUCUGGACAAGAAAUUAAAGUUGUCACCAGAGUGGGGAACAACAGAAGCUCCCGAGUUCCCUGGAGAGUUUGUUUCCGAAGAUGAAUAUAAAAGGAAGCUAAGUGUUCUUAUUCAAGAGCUGUUGAUCUCAGAAGAGGAUUACAUUCAAGAUCUACAGUUUCUCCAGACUCAUCACCUCAAGCACACUGAGAUCUGUCCCAAUGUCCCAGGAGCUGUCGCCAGUCAGAAAUCCACCAUCUUCAGAAAUAUUGAUGACAUUGCUCGCUUCCAUUCCAGUGUAUUCCUCCAAGGCCUGCAGAAAUGUGACACUGAUGAUGACGUGGCCAUGUCCUUUAUCAAGCACGAAGCCGAGUUUAAUAAGUACAUCCAGUACCUGGUGGGGCGGGUACAGGCCGAGUCGAUUGUUGUCAGCAAAGCUGUCCAGGAUUUCUACAAGAGAUACACGGAUGAAAUUUUAAGUAAUGAAGAUCCUUCACAGCCACUUAUCCCACCACUGCAGCACUACCUGGAAAAACCCAUAAACAGGAUCCAGCAGUACCAGACUAUAAUCAAGGAAUUAAUCCGAAACAAAGCAAGAAAUAGCCAAAACUGUACUUUGCUGGAGCAGGCUUAUGCUGUUGUGUCUGCACUCACCCGAAGAGCAGAAAACAACCUCCAUGUCUCGCUCAUUGAGAAUUAUCCAGGGACCUUGGAAAGCCUUGGUGAACCCAUCCGACAGGGCCACUUCAUUGUGUGGGAAGGAGCUCCAGGAGCUAGAAUGGCAUGGAAAGGACACAAAAGACAUGUCUUCCUCUUCAAAAGUUAUAUUGUGAUCUGCAAACCAAAGCGAGAUACAAAGACAGACACCUACAGUUACAUUUUCAAGAACAUCAUGAAGCUGAACAACAUAGAUGUGAAUGAUCUUGUGGAAGGGGAUGACCGGGCAUUUGAGAUCUGGCAUGAACGGGAAGACUUGGUCCGCAAGUAUCUCUUUCAGGCACGUACAGUGAUUAUCAAGAACUCCUGGGUGAAGGAGAUCUGUGGCAUACAGAAGCGGAUCAGCGAACCUGUCUGGAUACCUCCAGACUUUGAGGAAGAACUGGCGGACUGUACAGCCGAGCUGGGAGAGACAGUCAAGCUGGCUUGCAAAGUUACGGGAGCUCCCAAGCCAUCUGUCAGCUGGUACAAAGAUGGAAAACCUGUGGAGGUGGAUCCCCAUCACAUUAUAAUAGAAGAUCCCGACGGUUCCUGCACAUUGAUCUUGGACAACCUAACAGGUGUUGACUCAGGACAGUACAUGUGCUUUGCUUCCAGUCCUGCUGGAAAUGCCAGUACCUUGGGAAAGAUCCUUGUUCAAGUGCCACCACGGUUUGUGAACAAGGUUAGAAAUGCUUAUUUUGUGGAGGGUGAAGAUGCUCAGUUUACCUGUACUAUCGAAGGAGCACCUAGGCCUCAAAUCAGAUGGUACAAAGAUGGUCUACUGCUGAAGGACACGAGUAAAUACCAGACUUUCAGUGAACCACGGAGUGGCAUCAUAGUCCUGGUGGUCAAGAACCCUUCCAAUGAAGAUAUGGGACACUACGAAUGUGAGCUGGUGAACAGAUUAGGGUCUGCAAAAAGCGGAGCAGAACUUUACCAUCACAGUGCUGCAGCCCUGACCCAGGAGAGGAGAGGAGACCAAGCCAUUACCAUAGAAGAACCAGAGGACAGGCAAGGAGCAGCAGCUAGAGAUGUUGUCAUAGAGACCAAGGUGGAAGAGAAAAAGCCCAAAUGGGUUGAAGUGGAAGAAAUAAUUGAAUUCAAGGUGAAAAAAACACCAAAACCUGCAAGGAAAAGAGGCUCUUCCCCAGCAAAACAAGAAAAAGAUGACUCAGGGGUGUUAACACUCACUUUUCCCAGCUCAAGGCCUAGGCGUUCCCCAGAAGAUGAUCCAAACACAAACAACUCCAACAAUAAACUGGUGGAACAGUCAAAAUCUUUGUCUAAUGACAGUCUCUCUGAAGCCGAUAUCCAGCCCCUGGCGUAUGCAACUGAGGAGGAAGGACCUCAAGUCAGCAAUGAAGACAGAAGCUCCCCAUGUGGGUCCGAACAACUAGGAAAUAAUUCAUUUAUGGAUUACGAAAUUGAAGGAAAGAGCUUCCCACAGGAAACAAGUGCUCACUACGGGUCAGACAUCGCUUCCCCGCUGCUUGCCUGCGGGGGUGAGCCUUUGAUCUUCAGUUUUGAGACAGCUGGUGCAGACCAGCACCAACUUCUGUUCUCACCAGACGUUAAGGAAGAGAUAGAUGAAUCGGAUGUAUCUUGGUCUGUUGAAGAGGGAGUACCGGAAGUAAUGCAAGAUGUCCUUCCAGAAGAGGAUAAUGUCAUUAUAGUUGAUGAACCAGAGGAACUACAGACAGAUGACAUUAGCACCCGGGACCACAAAAUCUUAACCCACAAUGGCAAAUUAUUAACUUUAGAGGAUCUCGAAGAUUAUAUUCCUGAAGAAGGUGAGACCUACGGGUGUGAUGAUCAGAACCACACGACAGAGAAACCCUGUGAAAUCUCCGUGCUUCAGACAGAGAUUAACGAGCCAAUGAUUGGGAAGCCGGUGCUGCUAAAUCUGGGGAGACCUGUGGUUUCCAAGCCCAGGCAAAGAUUUUUCAGCCAGUUUGAGGAGCACGUUCCUGGGAGCAUGUUCAUGUCAGCAUCUAGAGUAACUGGUGUGCAGUCUGUAGGCCCCUCAAACAUCUCUUUCCAUGUGAGUGAUACCUGCAUGGGAGUGACACCUGGAGUGCAUGCAGCAACAGCAGCAGCUUCUCCUGGUCCCUCCUUCACAGUGAAACCAUCUUUCUGCACCGAAGUCCAGCUUUCAGCAGACAACGGACAGUCAAGCUUCAAAACUGAAGUUUCCACAAGAACCCUCAGCUACGGGACUGCUUUGAUCGAGGUGAACAAAUAUCAUUCCAUACAGAGCAGUGACGGAAUGACUUCCCCACAGUCAGAGAUGGAGACUUCUGUCCAGGCCUCGCUUCAGCGUGCUGAUAAGGAGAUCAAGACAGCUUUAAAGAAACUCGUGGACUCAGCAUCACUGCUGGUGACUCUUCCUCCAGGGAUGCGAGGAGAAACUGGUGGCCUUGGCCUUCCUGGGUCUGUUCCUUCAGACAACUCAGAAACAGCGCCUGGGCCCUCUGUGCUAGGUCAUGAAGCCAGUACCCAAACCCAGACUGCUGCAAGGCAUGACAAAGAACAAAGGCAGAUUCCAGCUGAAGAACCAAGCGUGCCAAGGCCCAGGCCUGGACCUCCCCGUGAAGAGACAGCUGCUGGAGAUGACGGCACUCAGGAGCGCACUGUUCCUAUUACCAGGACAUCACCAGCCACGGGGGCAGGAGACUGGUAUAGAAGAGAAGGAGAUGUGGUCUGGGAUGUACACAGUGAAGUUUAUAUUGAGACCACAGAAAGAACGUGUGUGUAUAAGACUGAGGAGAAAACCCCAACAAGUCCUCCCUAUAUGCAAGUGACAAUAGAGGAUGUGCAAGUGAAUUCUGGGGAGCGUGCCAAAUUUCAGGCAGUCAUUGAAGGAACACCUCAGCCCACUGUUUUGUGGUUUAAGGGCACGUCACUGCUGAUGGACAGCAACAGGCUCCAUCAAGGGAAGGAAGGAACAACGUAUUUCUUAGUUGUGGACAAUGCUGUCUCGGAAGACGGUGGUGUUUACACCUGUGUUGCCAAAAACACAGGAGGGGAGGUGUUGUGCAAAGCAGAGCUUAUUGUACAUGAAGGUAAUAAAGACCAAGCAGCAAAGAAAGUGGCCACCAGGAGAAAGCUCCAUUCCCUUUAUGAGGUUAAGAAGGAGAUUGGAAGGGGCUGCUUCAGUUUUGUGAAACGAGUGGUACAUAAAGGGAACAGAGUGUCUUGUGCUGCCAAGUUCAUACCUCUACGGAGCAAAACAAAGGCUCGAGCGCAUCAGGAGAGGGAUAUUCUUGCCUCUCUGUCCCACGACAGAAUCACCAGGCUCCUGGAUCAGUUUGAAACACGGAAAACACUGAUUUUGAUUCUGGAGUUAUGCUCCAGCGAAGAGCUCCUCGACCGCUUAUUCAAGAAGAGUGUCGUCACUGAAGCAGAGGUCAAAUUGUAUAUCAAGCAAAUUUUGGAAGGAAUCAAAUAUCUCCACGACAACAACGUCCUUCACUUGGACAUUAAGCCGCUGAAUAUCCUCAUGGUUUAUCCUGAAAGGGAAGACCUUAAGCUCUGUGACUUUGGAUUUGCUCAGAAGAUCACACCCUUUGAGCCUCAGUUCAGCAAAUACGGGUCGCCGGAGUUCGUUGCCCCAGAAAUUGUUUCUCAGUCACCAGUGUCAAAAGCAACUGAUAUCUGGUCUGUUGGAGUCAUCACGUAUUUAAGCCUAACAUGCAAGUCCCCGUUUGCUGGGGAGAACGACAGAGGAACCCUUCUAAACAUCCAGAACGGGGAAAUUUCAUGGACCAUUCCUGAUUUUGUUCACCUGAGUGAAGACGCAAAGGACUUGAUAAAAAGGAUCUUACAGCAGCACCCCAAAGACAGGCCUAGUGCUUUGGACUGUCUUUCCCACAAGUGGUUCACGCAUAAUGUCCCCCUCGAAGCAGCUCAUUUCAUUAACACCAAGCAGCUCAAAUUCAUUGUGGCUCGGAGCAAGUGGCAGCGGUCUCUGAUGUGCUACAAAUCCAUACUGGUGAUGCGGUCUAUCCCAGAAAUCCUAGAAAGGACUCACGACAACACCUCCCUGGCCAUCUCCCGCCACCUUAUUGAAGAAAGCACUUCGUCCAGUACCAGCGGCUCCUCCUCAGACAAUGAGAACUCACAUUUCCCCAAGAAGAGGCACUUUGGCUCUACACCUGAACUGCACUUGUCCAUAUUUGAUGCACCAAGCCAGCAGGAGCCUCCAAAACAUGCAAGUGAAGAGAAGCACUCCAAAAUCUCAGUCCCUCCAGUAAAACCCAUGAGGAGGAAGUAUGCUUCAGUGAAAGCUCAGGUAGGGGACAAAUCACCUACAGAAAGCAAAGAACUCAUGGCAAGUAUCUUAAAGGAGAAGGAGGAGUGGCUCCAUCCCAGACUCCGAGAUGAAAGAGCAGAGCAGUCCCAAAGAAGUGGUGCAGCUGAGCCUUCAUCGGUGAAGACUUCCACAGAAAGCACAUCACAUCCAUCUCAGAAAGAGAAACCAGAUGUAUUUUUAUCUGAUAAGGACAAAAUUGAAAAGCCUGUGGAUGGGACAGAAAAGCCACCUGUCUGUGUUCCUCGACAGAGUGUCAUUAAAAGCACUUUCUACAGCCAAGCAGCUGAGCUACCUGCGAGGGGGCCUUCCUCACCAGGCAGGGAGUUCAGGAGGCACCUGGACAGAGCCAGAAGGACUUUCCGGAAAGCUGGAUAUUCAAAGGUGCCCCUCAGUGGUCUCCGGGAACCCCUUCUAGAGCAGUUUGAACUGGAAGAAGAAGAAGGAAAGUCUGAUGAUGGAGAUGAUCACAGGGAAAGUCUGCUUGGUUCCUUGACCAAAUCAGCUUCAUUUGACACUGCAAGGAAACCACCACAUCCUGCCAUUGCUGGUGCUAGCCGAAGCCGUUCCCUGGAUGACUACAGGCUGAGAGCCUCAAGAUCAGUGAGGGAACAAGAUAUUUUGGAGGAAGACUGUGAUCUAUUGUCACAGGAAAGUUGCCCUGAAGGCAACGAACACUGCGACAUUUCUAUGGGGCAUGGCAAGGGAUGUUCUGCAGACACUUCAAAGCAAGAGGACUUUCGGAGAGCCAGCAAGGAUUCUUCAGCAGAGCAGCCCACUCCUUCCACACAAUGUGAGGGUAACGGGUGCCGGGCUGUUUCUGUGCAACAGCUAGAGAGACUUCCAGAGUCACCUCAUAGGAGCGAGAAUAGGAAACAUUUACUGCAGAUGUCAAAAGCUGCUUACAUUGAGGAGGAAGUUGAAGAUUUGGACAGCAAAAGCCCCAUUCUAACUGCCCAGUGCUCAGAUGUAACUGCACCAUCAGCUCACAAACAUGAAAGCACAGAGGGUAAAUCUUCCCCUGGCAGUGCCUUGGACAGUGCUUUUCAGGAGGGCAAACAGUCCGUUUCAACUCUCACACAGUCAGAGACCACCUCCAAGUCAGCCCCUACAAGUAAGGGUGGUGUGUAUCUGCCCCAGGAGUCUGCUCACAGCACUGACAUCCAUCCGGAUCUGAAAGGUGGAAGCUUGCUUAUCAAAAGGACUGCCCCAGUUCCACCUUGGAAAGACAAAAGGCAGAAACAAUCACAUGAGAAGACUUCUGCUCCUAGUGUUGCCAAAUCUGGUCUCAUGGAGCAUGAAAGCUCUGUUGUUUUAACACGCUCACAAAGAGAACCCGAUUCACUUCCAGCAUUUAAAGACAAAAGUCAGGAACUUCCUGGUCAAAGUCUUCCAGCAACUACUGUCUUGGUGGGAAAACGGCCAGGUACCCUAACUGUGCUGCACACAGCUGACGAAAGUGCUCAUCAAAAGCUGAAGACCUAUAAAGAGGUGAGAUCUGCUGUCCUGGAGGAUGAAGGACUGGGUAUUGCAGGAAUCACUCCACCCUCAGCCCACGACGGUGAAAGCCAAGCACACAAGAGGGGUCCUGUUCCUAUACACACGACAUCAGCCAACCUGAGGGGAGAGCAUCUUGUUGUUCCAAAAGUCCCACCACCAAAACCAAUGUCAACUUCAGCCUCUGAUGGAGCACGGCAGGCUGAAAGGGAACGGCCAGCUCAUAGCAAGGAGGGGCUAGCUUCUCUGAGGAGUGAAAGCUCAGCUGUCUCAAACGUUGCUCCCAGUUUGGCCCACGAGGCUAAAAUCGAGGGAACUGAACACCAGAAGGUUUCUGAAGGCAGUGUCAUGAUGCCUGCUGUUCUGGAGAGCAGACAUCCAGCUAGAACCAUGUCCCCCCAAAAUACUGGCCUCCCUUCGGUCUGUGAGAGUGAAAAGCAAGAACAUCCAAACGCAUCACUUCUCAGUAAGGUGAGAUCUGGUGUGACAGCAAGUGGAAGCCGAGCAGCUGGACAGACUAUGCCUGCUCCUUUACCCAAGGCUGGACAUCAGGUCUUUAAGCAGCACAGGGCUGCCUAUCACAGUGGCAGGGUUUCUACUGAUGUGGAGGGUGCACCUCCAGUUGUCUUAGCUGCUUCACAACCAGAAGCUGCUCCGGCUUCGGUCUAUGAGCUAGAAUAUGAGGAACGUCCAAUGGUUUAUGGUGAGGGUAGAGACGUUGCCUUAGAAAGUAGACACUGUGAUGCUGGAACAGCUGUCCCACCAUCGUUCUGCAGGGAUCAAAGUCAGGAGCUCUCACACCACAGGUCUUCAUUUUACAGUGAUGAGGAGUCUGCUGUGCUGGAGGGCUUAGUGGAUGAGAUGGUUUCCCUCUCUGAAGAGAUGAAUGUUUGGGCAGAGUCAGUUUCUGGUGAGGAGGAAUGCAAAAAGCACAUCUCUUCUCCCACAGAGAUGUUCUAUAAUGACCCAGGUAGCCAAGCACCCACAGACACCUCCUUUCCUUCUGUACAAGGGGGUAAAAGACAAGAAGUCUCUGAGCUGGAUGACCUUGCAGAACCCUAUCUUGUCGUGAGUGAGGAGUCAGUGGUAGGGGAAGGGCAGGGAGCACAGACGGUUCCGCAUGAAUGUGAGCAUCUGGAGGACUUAGCAUUUGAGAGCCCCACAUCUAGCCAAGUAAGCAUUUCCUCAGCAGAUAGCUCGGACACUGAGAAAAGACCUAGUCAAGUGUCAGUGAGCAAGGACACUGGUAAACACCCAGAAGUUUCUUUAGUGAAAAUCAAAGACUUGUCAGAUGAAACACCCAGUCUUGGCAGUGGACCUCUAAAAUUUGACAUAUCAGAGGUAGAACCUGCCUAUUUGAAUUUCUCCGACUUGUACGACAUUGUCUAUUUUCCCUUCGAAUUUAUGAACUAUAGGAAGCCUCCACCCAAACCAACUGGUAGACGGUUCAUACCUUUUGGUGAAAGGGCAAGGUCACCUCCUGGAGGACAUUUGCAUAAGGAAAAAAGACUGUGCAUCAGAGAAGAGGCAGAGGACAAGAACAGGAAGAACCAUUCGGAAAUACCUGAGGAUUCAAAGGCAGCAAACUUAUCAGCCAUGGGGAAAGGGUCAGAGAGUCAUAAAGAAAUGUACGGCCCCCAAAAGGGCUCAAGUGGGAAGCAGAAAAGCUCCUUCUACAGCAAGCCAGGACUCUUUAAGCCGUAUGCAAGGUCUCAUUCAGUGGAGCAGCCAGUAGAGCAGAGUCUGAAGAAGAAAGUAAAAGCUUCUGUUGCCCAUAUUUCAAGAAUCCUAAAAGGAAAGAUAUCUCCUGAGCCAGAGGCAGAGGAAGAGUUUGGUGAGCUGGGAAGUGAGGCAGUUGAAAAAGAGCUGUUAACAGGAGCUGAAGGAUCUCUGAAGAGGAAAUCAGCACUCUCCUCAUUCAAGUUAUCAAGCCUUCUGCCAAAGGAUGAGGAGCUCAUCGAUCAGGCUGCUGCCGUCGGACAGUGCGUGACGCUGUCGUGCCGGACGGCAGCUCACUCCUCCGUGCACAUCGACUGGUUCAGAGAUGGGAUGCCUGUCCACAGCAGUAGCCGGAUCCUCAUCUCAGCCACGCUCAAAAACUUCCAGCUAUUAACUAUUCUUUCUGUUAGUGCCGAUGAUUUUGGUAUUUACACCUGUGUGGCGACCAACUCCCUGGGCUCAGCAUCCACCUCUUGCAUUGUAAGAAAAGCAGAGGUUCCCCCCAGCCCUCCACCCCCCGACAUUGUGGAGGUCUACGAGGAUGGAGUGCAGGUGGUCUGGAAACCUGUGGAAACCAAUGUCCCCAUCCAUUACACUGUCCAGUGCAAGAGCGAAGAUGGGGAGUGGACAACUCUUGCUUCUGACAUCACUGACUGCUGCUACUACGCCAAAAAUCUCUCCAAGGGGUUUAUCUACUGCUUCAGGAUAGCCUGCACCAGUAAAGCAGGGAUGGGCCCUUACAGCGACCCGUCUGCCAAAGUGAAAAUCACUGGGAAGGAUCAAAAGGCUGCUGCUGAAGAAGAGAGUGAAAUCAUCACACCAUCCGAGCCUUUCCCAACCUACCAGACCUACGCCUUCCAAACAGAGAUCAAAAGGGGACGUUUCAGCAUCGUCCGACGGUGCAGGGAAAAAGUAAGCGGCAAGACUUUAGCUGCUAAAAUUAUCCCUUACUGGCAAGAGGACAAGCAGACUGUGCUCCUCGAGUACCAAGUCCUGAGGAAGCUUCAUCACACAAAUAUAGCUCAGCUGAAGGGAGCCUACGUCAGCCCACGGCACUUAGUGCUGAUCCAGGAGAUGUGUGUGGGACCAGAGCUACUCCACUCCUUGGCAUUACGGACAUCGUACUCAGAAGUGGAGGUCCGAGAUUACCUGUGGCAGAUCCUCAGUGCCAUCGAGUAUCUCCACGCACAUGGCAUCCUGCACUUGGAUCUCAGGUCUGAAAACAUGAUCAUCACCGAGCCCAACCUGCUAAAACUCCUGGACUUCGGCAACGCACAGUUCUACACACAGGACAAAGUUAUUACUAUGGACAAGUGCACGGACUAUGUUGAAACCAUGGCUCCAGAACUGCUGACAGAGCAAGGAGCCCUCCCACAGACUGAUAUCUGGUCCGUCGGAAUCACAGCCUUCAUCAUGCUGAGUGCCAACUACCCCGUCAGCUCUGACGUAGCCUGCGAGUUUCUGAGGACAACGAGGAAGGGGAAAGUGAAGCUCACGCGGUGCUACGCGGGCCUCUCUGGAGGAGCAGUGUCCUUCCUCCAGAGCACACUGUGUGCAAAUCCCUGGGGAAGGCCAUCUGCCUCGGAGUGCCUUCAGAGCCCAUGGCUCCAGGAGACAGGUUUGGACAACAGGCAGCAAGCACUGGUUACCUUCCCUACCACCAAACUGAGGAAUUUCCUCACCGAACGGGAAAAGAAAAGGGGCCUGCUCUGCUCCAAGUAUGGCCUCAUGAUUGCACAGUGA